GGCAGGAGGAAAAACAGGAAGGAAGGAAGAAGGAAGAGAGAGCAGGAGGGAAGCAGGUCGCAUUUGGCACUUACCUGCGGCAGCCAGAGUCAGAGCGGCUGCCAGUCGCGGCGAGAGGCUCAGAAUGUCCUCAGCAACUUCCAGCAGCUCUUUGCCCAGUGGCCUGAGUGUCCUGACGACCUUCCCCGAUGUGCUCUUCAUCCCUGAGCUGGUCUUCGGGGGUCUUGUCUGGAUCCUGGUGGCAUCCUCAAAGGUCCCAGAUCCCAUGCUGCAAGGCUGGGUGAUGUUUGUCUCUGUCUUCUGCUUCGUCAUGUCCACCGCUCUCUUGUGCCUCUACAUCGGUGGGGCGCAUGGAGGCAGCAGCUCCUGGGUCACCUUGGAUGCCAUCUACCAGGCGACAGCAGCUCUGUUCUACCUCAGUGCUGCAGUGUUGGAAGCCUACUACACCUACAGCGCUGGCGUACUGAACUCCAUCCCUCUGUACAGUGGCAUCUUCAAGAUCUACCAGGAGAACAUUGCUGCUGUGGUGUUUGCAUUCCUGGCCACCCUGAUCUACGUGAUCCAUGAGGUGUGCUCGCUCUGGCGCUGGAGAUCCUCCUAAGAGCCUCCCCCACACCUUAAGGUCACCUCACGGGCACCACCAAGUUGGGUGUCAGCCACUGUCAUUUCCAGGCUGGGUUUGGGGUUAUUGUUUGUUUGGGUUUUUUUUGUUUUGGCAUCUGUUCUGUAUGAUAAAGAAGCAGCUGUGUGGCAAUGAAGACAAAGAAGAGCCUGCCAGAGGAAGCAGUGCCCCUUAGGUCCAUCCUAAGGUUGGUGCAGGUAAACUGGGGCCCUAAGCCAUCCAGCUUUCAAAAGAAGGGUACAGGUGGAUCCCCUGAACCACACCUUGAUGCCUCCAGGGUUGUCUCUGCUAUCAGAGGGACAAUCAUGGAAUCACAGAAUGGGUUGGGUUGGAAGGGACCUCCAAAGAUCAUCUAGUCCAAGCCCCUCAACACUCAGCUGCAACAUCCUCCACUUGGCCUAGUCGAGCCUGACCUUGAAUAUCUCCAGGGAUGGGACCUCAACUACCUCACUUAACCUGCUCCUGCUGGUCACACUGCUCCUGAUCCAGGCCAGGCUGCUGGUAGCCUCCUUGGCCACCUGGGCACAGCCUGGCUCACCUUCACCCAGCUGUCCACCAGCACCCCAGCUCUGUCUCUGCUGUCUACUUUCCAGCCACUCUGCCCCCAUCCUGGAGCCUUCCUGGGGUUGUUGGAGUGCAGGAGCCAGCCCUUGGCCUUGUUGAAUCUCAUCCCAUUGGCCUCAGCCCAUGGAUGCAGCCUGUGCAGGUUCUUCUGCAGCGCCCAAGGGGCAUGAGUGUGAAACCAGGUCCUUUUAGUUACUGCCCAUCCAUGUCAGCCUGUUUGCCUCCCUAAACCUGCUGUGCCAGAAGAGCAUUUUCAUGCUGUGUCUGGAAAUGCCACCUCUGACUUGUGAUGACAAACAGGGAUAGCAGCACCAGUUCCUGCAAGCCUUGAAGGGUGGGGCUGAACUAGGAGGCACAAGGGCAGUGCCAGGAAUUGCCACUUCCUGAACAACCCUCAACAUAAUACAACCUCGGGGGUGUGCUGGAGGCUGCAGGAGAAGGGAUGAAGAGAACAACACCUUGCUUAAGCAGAGGCCAUCCAUUAGCUCUUGUCUUGGGUGCAUGGCUGCCCUUACCUACCCCCCCCUUCUGUGGCUAAUAAAGAUGGGUUUGUUGGAAUGGUGCAGGGGAGAUGUUUCUGCUGCUUCCUCUUUGCUACUCACACAGCCCUCCCCAGCCUGGGCAGUGCCU